GAAAAUCACCGACGUCAUGGUUUGACCUCGUUUUUUUCCGAGUUGUCUUGAAAGCACCAUUAAAGUAGGCGGUGCAAGUAGUAGAAGGUUCUGGAAGUUCAUCGCCAGGACGGGGGUGUUAUAAGUUAAACAAGGUCCUUUCUCUCAACGGCCGUCUAUUGUAACAGACUGUAACCAACAACAAUGGUGAAGGAAACUGGCUUUUAUGAUAUGUUGGGUGUUAAGCCCAAUGCCACACCAGAUGAGCUGAAAAAGGCUUAUCGUAAGCUGGCCUUGAAAUACCACCCUGACAAGAACCCUACAGAAGGGGAGAAAUUUAAGCAGAUAUCUCAGGCAUAUGAGGUGCUGUCAGACUCCCAGAAGAGAGAGGUGUACGACCGGGGAGGGGAGAAGGCAAUAAAAGGAGGGGGCAGCGGAGGUGGCGGAGGUUUUGGAUCCCCCAUGGACAUCUUUGACAUGUUCUUUGGAGGAGGUGGCCGACUGCACCGGGAGAGAAGAGGAAAGAAUGUGGUUCAUCAGCUCACAGUCUCUUUGGAAGACCUCUUCAAUGGCGCCACGAGGAAACUUGCUGUCCAGAAGAAUGUUAUUUGCGAGCGAUGUGAAGGUCGCGGGGGAAGGAAGGGUGCGGUGGAAAUGUGUAUGUCCUGUCACGGCACGGGCAUGCAGGUGCGCCUCCACCAGCUGGGUCCGGGCAUGGUGCAGCAGGUGUCCACCGUGUGCGGGGGUUGCCAGGGCCAGGGCCAGCGCAUCAGUCACAAGGACCGCUGCAAGGCCUGCAGUGGACGGAAGAUUCUGCGGCAGAAAAAGAUCCUGGAGGUCCACAUUGGCAAAGGUAUGAAGGAUGGGCAGAAGCUAGUUUUCCACGGGGAGGGAGAUCAGGAGCCAGGACUAGAGCCUGGUGACAUCAUCAUUGUCCUGGAUCAGAGAUUCCAUCCCGUCUUCACCAGGCAAGGGGACAAUCUGAUCAUGACUAUGGAGCUGCAGCUGGUGGAGGCCCUGUGUGGUUUCCAGAAGCCUUGGCAAACUUUGGACAACCGAAGCCUCCUCAUCACCUGCCACCCAGGGGAAUUGAUCAAACCUGGCGACAAGAAGUGUGUCAUGAAUGAGGGGAUGCCCAUGCACCGCCGGCCAUUUGAAAAGGGACGCCUCAUUAUCCUCUUUUUGGUGGUAUUCCCCGAGGCCAACUUCCUCCCAAAGCACAAGCUGAAGGAGCUAGAGCACUACCUUCCUGCCAAGAGGGAAGCGGAGCAGCCUGAGAGCAUGGACGACGACCUCUACAUAUACACCGACCUGGAGGACUGCGACCCGGCCAGAGUAAGACGCAGCCAAUACCAUUACACGGAAGAGGAUGACAACCCGUCCGCUGGCGGGGUCCAGUGCCAGACCUCAUAAGACCCCGUCACAUCACUCCAACCUCAAAACCCAGCCCCCUCUGGAAACAUGCACAACCCGCAUCUUACAUUUUAUUCUCUUAACUUACAAUGCUAACUGUGGUGCCGAAGCAGUCCUUUGGGCUGGAUACCCGGAUCUAUGUUCCAAGGUGACUUGGCUGUCUUUUUGUUGGAUCGUGUGCCUGAGUGGAAGAAAUGGAUUUCUGGUUAAGUUCCUUAGAUGACCAGAAAUGAAGAUUCUGAGAUUUUGGAAGUGCUAUGGAUGCUGUCACUGACAUUUUUAUAUAUAUAUAUAAAGUUUGAUUGUUAUGGUGUUUUGAGUUGUAAAUUAGCAGGUUUUGAGCACCCUCUGUCUGCUUUGAUGUCACGGUCAGUACCGUUUGGGAUUUUGUGUUGUCCAAAGGUCACGAGAGAAGAUGGUUGGAAUCAAUAAUUCAUGUUGCCAAAUUGAAUCCUAGGCCUAUUUCCAUUUUAGAAUAAAUGUUUUUGUAUACCACAUCAGCAUAGUUUAGAAGAUACUUGCCAAUUAUUACACCAAUGUUUUUGUUUAAUUAAUUUUGAAUGAUGUAAUGAUGUGUUAUCUACAUUUCAUAAUGCAUAUUGACCUUUUUGUGGUUAAUAUCUGCUGUAAUAUGGUAUACUUUGUUAUGUUCAACUGAUGAUGAAAAGUUAUUUACCCCAUUUUUACUAUCAAGAGUUGUCUGUUUAAUUCCUCCAUUCUUCAUGGGAAUUAGUCAAAAUAAAUCAACUUUCCAUAGACCUCUCAAGAAGUUCUGCUACUGGUAUCUAUGUUCUGUGACUGUCAUUGUCUUGGGAUUAAAAUAAACUUAAUGGCUAGUCUUCUACUGCCAAAUUGAAAUGAUUAAACUCUUGAAGUCUCA